AUGGGCCUCAAGAUUGUCCCCGGCGAGAGCGGCUACAUGAAUCUCACAACGCCGCAGCGCGAGACCAUCCAGCACGUCGAGAGGUUUGGGGCCUCUCUCAGUCUGGCUGGUGUCGCCUUGAUUUUCGUCGCAUAUGCCCUCUUCAAGCGACUGCGGACAGUCCCAAACACCUUCAUCGUCUUCGCGUCUAUAGCCAAUGUCGGAGCUACUACCGCGUGUCUCAUUGGCUACGCCGGUAUCAUAGCCGGAGACGAUUCGGGGCUGUGCCGCGUUCAGGCCUUUCUGCUUGAGAUGUUCAUGCAGUCAGACCCUUGGUGGUCGCUCGCCAUGGCCGUCAAUGUCUACAUGGUGUUCUUCAUGGCGGCCAACCCAAACUCAUUCCGCGAAUACAUAUGGGUCUAUUGCCUAAUCUGCUUCGGGUUGCCGCUGCUCCCUGCUGUGAUUUGCCUCUUCUAUGCCCCGAAUAAUGUUCGCAUAUACGGCAAUGCCACGCUCUGGUGCUGGAUCGGCGACACGUACAACCAGCUCCGCAUAUUUCUCUACUAUCUGCCCAUAUGGAUGUGCAUCGUGCUAUCCGCUGUCAUCUACGUGGCCGUCGGCUAUCAUGUGUUCCACCAACGCAACCAGCUGCGCAAUCUGACGUUAAGCAACCAGGCCAAAGACCUUCCUGGAACCGACGCUGGGGGCUCGGCGGAGAAGUCUUGGGCUGCUGCUGCUACCUCUACCUCCACGUCGCACGAUCCUACGUCGCUCGUGUCCUACUUGACGCCUUCUCAGAACAUGCCACAUGCCGCGCCUGCUGACAUCCCUCCCACUCCGCUUCAGAGCCUAGCUGGACAGCCAGGUUUCUAUGGCACGGUGACUACUGAAGUCCAAGUGACGGCCGAGUCUUCAGACAACCAGACCCCACCAUCAACACCCGCUCCCUCAAUCGCUCCAGUUCUGCAAAGUGUACAUCCAACCGCCCCGCUGCACGAUUGGACUUCGCGGUACGACGACAUUGAAUCCUGCUCGCCCAUGUCGCCGGUAUCCACCAAUCCCUUCAUGACCAUCUCGAGCAUAUCGUCUUCCCACGUACGGGAGAGAAGAAAGGGAAAAAAGCAACGCUUCCGGGUAUGGCACAAGUUUGUGGGCAAGUUGCGCAACCUCGAUCCCAUCAAGCUCGCUUACCUCCGUACCUCGUUCGUAUUCGCUAUCUCGGUGCUUGUCACGUGGACCCCGAGCAGCAUCAACCGCGUCUUUUCCAUCGCCCACCCCUCGGCAACAAGCUUCAAGCUUAAUCUCGCGAGCGCUGUCGUCCUGCCGCUCCAGGGCGUAUGGAACGCAGUCAUCUUCUGCGCCACGAGCUGGGCCGUACUCACAGAUGAGAUGGGAGAUUUGAAGGACAGGUGGUGGCCAGGCCUCCGGUCUCAGCGACUGGGCAGCGGUGUUUCCGGCUUCCGCGAUAGAGGACCCCAGUGCCACAGCGGCGGGCAAGAAAUGACAAGUCCCACUAGCCCGCGGGUGGGCACUGUGCGGGUGAUUCGCGGCGGCUCACUAUGA